AUGGCUAUUCACACUUUACACGAUGGAGUAACGCUCUUAAGGAGUAAUAAUGAUACGCACAUCGGACUUCCGACAGAUACGAGGAGGACCGAUUUACCAACCCAGCUAGUUAUCUCCACGACUCUUGGAUUGGGUGCUUUCUUGACGUUUUGUUUCUUGAGGCCAAGGUGGUCCUCGCUCUACGCGGCGCGGAAAAAGACACUUGAUUCAGCUGCGUCAUUACCGAAUUUACCAAAGACUUUCUUCGGCUGGAUACCGGUGCUGUGGGAGAUAACGGAUGAGCAAGUACUGUCGUCUGCUGGUCUUGAUGCCUAUGUGUUUUUGUCAUUUUUCAAGAUGUCUAUUAGAUUCCUAUCGAUUGCAGCUGUGCUAGCGUUGGGCUUGCUCAUGCCUAUACAUCUGCACUUUGACCACUCGGUCUCGAAACCUCGGGUUUCGUUUUCGGAAUGGGCACUCAGACCUGCUGGUCGGGGGAUGAAUGUCCUUGGUGGUAAAGAUAAGGAUGAAAUCAAGCUUGAUGGGCCAUACCUUUGGGCUUACGUGGUGUUUGUGUACCUGUUCACUGCCUUAGCAGUCUAUUUGCUUCUCGACCAGACCAAAAAGGUGCUUGCUGUCCGGCAAAAAUAUCUCGGGAAUAAAGUCACGGUUACCGAUAGAACCGUGAGGUUGUCCGGGAUUCCAAAAGUGCUUAGGUCGGAAGAUGCCCUGAAGGAAUAUAUUGAAGGCUUGCGGAUCGGAAGAGUCGACUCGGUUACUAUCUGCCGGAAUUGGGCAGUGUUAGAUCGUCUUAUGGCGCAAAGGCGGGAUCUCGUGAGACAGCUGGAAGAGGUAUACGUCGUUUACAGCAGGCAUCGCAAAGUUGGGAGAGAUUUGGAAGCUCUGCCUUUUAUCCAACCAUCACCCCCACAACCGUUACAACCGGGUGAUGAGGAAACACAGCCACUUCUUAACCGGGGCCCUCGUCCUUCUCGUGGGGAUGAUAGGCCAAAGAUGACGAUACGGGUUGGGCUAUGGGGCCUGAAGAGAAAGAAGGUUGAUGCAAUCGACUAUCUUAGGAUGAAGUUAAAGGCACUUGAUGAAGAGAUUAUUGAGGCUAGAAAGAAGGAAUAUGAACCCAGUUCCAAUGCAUUUGUUACCAUGGAGUCUGUUGCAUCAGCUGCAAUUGUGAUUCAAGCUGUUCUGGAUCCGCGCGCCAACCAAAUGACAGCUACCCAAGCACCCGCGCCGCCGGAUAUCGUCUGGAAGAAUACCUAUAGGUCCCGCAGUACUCUCACUGGUCUUGCUGGUCUUUUGAACCUUUCAGAUAUCCGUCGGGUUUUGCCUGGGCUUGCAGAUCUUCUGGAGGGCAGCCCUAUUAUUAGUUCCUUGAUCCAGAACUUCUUGCCAACCGCGGUUUUGACACUUUUCAGCAUCCUCGCGCCAUACUUCUAUGACUGGCUUUCAAACUGCCAAGGCCAAAUCUCACAAGGAGACGUGGAGCUUUCACUAAUCAGCAAGAAUUUCUUCUUCACGUUCUUUAAUGUGUUUUUUGCCUUUACAACCCUCGGAACCGCCUUUACCUUCAAUAACCUGUGGGAGCAGCUCAAGGGCUCACUCUCCGAUACCACAACCAUUGCAUAUGCGCUGGCGCGGUCCCUUGGAAAUCUUGCUUCUUUCUACGUGAACCUAAUCAUCCUUCAAGGAAUCGGUAUGUUUCCGUUCCGCCUCCUCCAGUUUGGAAGUGUAGCUCUUUAUCCUAUCAUGUACGCCGGGGCGAAAACGCCUAGAGAUUUCGCCGACCUUGCCAGGCCCUCGACCGUUCUGCCCGCUGGAGGGUUAAUUCUUGGGUUUGGUUGGGUAUACUUUGUCAUCGGAUACUUUACAUACAAAUACCAACUCCUAUACUCAAUGGACCACCCCCAACAUUCCACAGGUCAAGCUUGGAGCAUGAUAUUCUACCGCGUAAUACUCGGACUUUUCAUCUUCCAGCUCGCCAUGGCUGGCUUCCUUGCAAUCAAUCACGCAUUCACUAGAUCUCUUCUCAUCGUCCCACUGCUUUUCGUAGGUAUCUGGCUCGCAUGGAUGUUCUCGAGGAUAUACGUCCCGUUGAACAAAUUUAUCGCUCUUAAAGUCGUGAGAGAGCCAGAAUUUGUGAACGGGGGCGCUGUCCCUGAGGACACGGUAGAGGAGAGAGAGAAGGGGGAGAGGUUUAUUAAUCCCAAUCUUGUUACCCCAUUGGAAGACCCUUGGGUGACCGGUGGCAGGCGCCAACAGCAGCACCAAGAAUAUGAAUAGAGGGGUGGAGGAGAGGAACAUUAUCGGUGUUUUGGGAAUCAUCAUACGACAGCGAAACGAAUGCGCUCUGGAAGGAAGGAAGCAAAUUAGAAUUGGGGAUAUACCAUUUACUUGCGUAGCUAUCAUAAUGGUCACAGCAACAUAGUGCACAAGUCAUCGUAAAGAAUGGCGCCGAGGCGUUUUAAUUAAUUUGAACCUUUUCAUCA